AGAUAACAAACCAGUGACAUAAUUAAAAGAAAUGGCUGCUACGAGAAAUAAUGUUGUUUUCUAUUUAUUCUGUAUUUUCACGUGUUUUCGUUUAAACCAAUCAAGAAUACACCAUUUAGAACUGAAGGAUGAUGAUCGUGACAUGUUUGCUUUGACCUCCUUUGGACUUCUGAAGCAUGGUGCCAUAUCAGUGAAUGUGACCAACAUGCAGUUUACUGAAGCAGAUGAUAAAAUUGAUGAGAAAACAGUUGGGUUUUCACUGGAUGUUGGCCAGAGCACUGGAGCUAGUGUCUACAUAGAGGACCUCCAAAACGGGGCCUGUGUGCUGGACCGUCAAGUCCUGGAUAGUCUCAACAACGGCGGUGACCGCAAGAAGAACCUUACCAACAUUGUUGUCUUCAGACUUGACUUCAAAGGAAGGAGGGUGGAGGUAGAUCGCCGUGGUGAUGACCUUCAGAGGCUGGUGGUAGUUGAUCAAACCAUUGAUGACUUCUGGAAUUUAAAGAGGCUCCCAGUGAAGGCAAUGAACCGCCGUGAGGCCCAGCAUGACAGACUCAGCGACACCUUUCUCCUCGGGAGCCGAAGACGCAGGGCUAAUGAGAUACGCCCGCAACCCAAAGCUGCACCAAAGACAGAUAUUAACAUGACCAGCGAAGCAACCAAGGCAAGCGAUGUUAAAUCUGAAGAUGGGAAAAGUGCAACUGCAGCAGCAAAUGCCACUGUGGCCCCAGCUGUUGUGAAGGCAGAUAAUGUGAUGGUAUCGAACCUCAACAUGACUGUCAACGAAGGGAAGGUGCCCACAUACAGCUUCUUUUUUACCAUAGCAGUGGUGGGCGACUCUGAGGAGGGCAUCUAUACCCUGAAAUUCCACAACUGUAAGAAUACUGAGAACAAGGUCUCUUUUGUGAUCGACAUUAUCGAGGUGAACGGUGACAACUACCUGAGUGCAGGCAUGAUCCCCCUGCCAUACCUGUACUUUGUGCUCACCGCCCUCUACUUCAUCAUUGCUGUGGUGUGGAAUGUGGUCCUGUGUAAAUCCAAGGAUCCAGUGUACAAGAUCCAUUACCUGAUGCUGUCGGUGGUGUUUGUGAAGAGUCUCUCAUGCCUGUUCAGUGCAAUGAACUACCACUUCAUCCAGAAGGAGGGUAUCCAUGAGAAUGCGUGGGCUGUGCUGUUCUACAUCGCCUACCUGUCCCGGGGCAUCCUGCUCCUCAUCACCAUCAUACUGAUUGGCGCAGGCUGGGCCUUCAUUAAGCAUGUGCUCUCCAAGAGGGAGAAGAAACUCUUCCUCAUUGUUAUACCACUACAGAUACUGAGCAACAUUGCGUGGAUCAUUGUGGAGGAGAGUGAGGAGGGUAAUUCCCAGUACACGACCUGGAAGCAGAUCUUUGUGCUCAUUGACUUGCUAUGCUCCGGGGCCAUUCUAUUCCCUGUUUUCUGGUCAAUCAGUCAUCUUCAACAAGCCGCCAUGGCAGAUGGAAAAGCGGAGUUCAGUCUAACAAAGCUCAAACUAUUUAAACACUUCUAUAUAAUGGUGGUGUGCUAUAUCUACUUCACAAGGAUUAUUGUGUUCUUAUUAAGAAUGACAGUUCCAUUCAAGUACGAGUGGAUGAACGAGCUUUUCCGGGAGAUAGCGACCAUUCUGUUCUUCGUGGUGACUGGUUACAAGUUCCAGCCAGCGACGGACAACCCGUACCUGCAGGUGCCCUCGGAUGAUGAAGACGAGGAGUAUGAAAUGGACACCGUUAUUGUUGGGCAGUCAGGAUUGUUGGAUACAGUCAAGAAAGUCAACCAGUCAGGCAAGGAAGAUGGGACAGGACUGAAAGUAAGGGAGAGCAGCCAUGAGUAUGACUGAACGGAGUUAUCUGCAAUGCUGAUUGCAUAAUUAUGUGAUAGUGAACAAAUGCUCGAGAAUUCCGACCACUGUUCAGCUUACUUCUUAAUGUGGGAGAUGCUUUAAUUGUUUUAAUUGAUUGUGUUUAGUUCAUAUGACAUUGUGACAUGUUUUUUGUUAAGUCUAUAUUAUACAGGGAACUUUUUCAAAUGAUUGUUAAAUGUCAUUUUCAAUUAUUUGGAGAAAAUACAGGUGUACAAUCAUGUGCAGAUUACUGUGCAAUAUGUCCUUUCACUGUAUUUGCAUAUUCAUGUUGUGUGGUUAUUGUUAUUUUUAGUCCAUCACUGUCAAAGACUUAUUUAUUGAAAUUAUUGUGCGGCAAAAGACUUUUUUUGUGGUUUAAAUCCGGGCAGCAUCUGGAAGUUAGAAAUUAAAGGGACUACAUCUACAGAGUGGGUAAUCACGUGAUAGUCAAGAUGACGAUGUCCAUGCCGAGACAGUUAUUUUUCGUGGUUGUAUACCCUAAAUUACUUUUGUUGAUGUUUUAAAUGACGCUCACUCUCCAGCCAUAUCAGUAAAAAGGGAAUUAGCAAUUAUUUUGUAUUUAAAUUCGCUUUAUAUCUCGACUUUACUCGCCGCAAAAUAUUUUAGUGCAGCCCUAUUUAAGUCAUCCCGCUAAGAAAUUUUGCAGCGAGUAUAUCCAUGAAAUAAACGCCAGUAAAUUUCUUGCUAAUAUGGCUGGAAAGUGAGCGGAAUUUAAAAACUUAAUACAAGUAAUAAAGGGUAACAAAUGGCGAAAAAUACCUGCCUUUGCAUGGACGUCACCAUCUUGAUAAUCACGUGAUUACCCCCUCUGAUCUAUAUAACUUUAAGUGGUGUUUUCUUUUUUAUGUCCCCCACCACUAUAGUAGGGGACAUAUUGUUUUUGCCCUGUCUGUUGGUUGGUUUGUUGGUUGGUUUGUGUGUUUGUUUGUGCAAACUUUAACAUUUGCCAUAACUUUUGCAAUAUUAAAGAUAGCAACUUAAUAUUUGGCAUGCAUGUGUAUCUCUAUGGAGCUGCACAUUUUGAGUGGUGAAUGGUCAAGGUCAUCCUUCAGGGUCAAAUAUAUGGGUCAAAAUCGCUAAUUUAAAUGUACACUUUUGCAAUAUUGAUGAUAGCAACUUGAUAUUUGGCAUGCAUGUGUAUCUCAUGGAGCUGCACAUUUUGAGUGGUGAAAGGUCAAGGUCAUCCUUCAAGGUCAAAGGUCAAAUAUAUGGGGACAUAGUGUUUCACAAACACAUCGCUUGUUUCUUUUUUUUUCUAAUUUGUUUCUAUAAAAUGUCUUAUUUAGCAUCAUCUUAUAUUUGAGCAACUUCAUGGAAGUGAAGCAAAUUAAGGUGAGAAAAAUCAAUUACAUCAUCGUCAUGGCAUUAAGAAUCCAGUUUUUCCUUGCCAAUUUCCUUAAAGCAUGGUGGCACAGAUAUGGUAAAACUGCCUGAUAUCAUGUAUCAAACUUUGUUUCAUAAAAAAACUAGUGUACAUUGAUAUUUGUUGGAUGUAAAUUAAUCCUUGAACAGUUUCUGGUUAGGUGUUUAAGUAUGAAGCAAAAGCAAGGUAUUUUGUUUCCUGUUACAGAUUUGAUUUUGGGAAAUAUCAACUUAAUACCUACACCAGCAAUAAAUUUGAGUUUCAUUUUUGCAGAAAUCACGGAAACUUUAAGGGUUCUGCAAUGAUAUGAAUACAUGGCACUAGUUCACUAUAGAGCACCAAGUUUUUUUUAUCUUAAUCAACAGAUUAAUUAUUGUUCAAUUUAUUUUUUAUUUUAAAUCAAAAUUUGUACUGUUAAUGUUUUCAAUGACUGUAUUUUAUUUCUGAACGGAAAUAUAUAAGAUAAUUUACCUCUUUAUAUUGUGUCUUUUGUAUUAUGUUGUUUUGUGAAUUAAAUUUUACCAUGUGCAAAUAACUGCAUGAAGUGAAUAUAUGAGAACUGUAGAUUGUAAAUUGCAAAUUCAGAAAACAAAACUGAGUGGUAGGAUCAUAUUUCUGAGAGUUCAGCAAUAUUUUUCAGUGUCCAAUAUUAUUGUGACUUGAAUUGUAAAAUUUAAGACUAAAAAAUUGCAUUUCUAAACAAUCCAAGAGUCACUGAUUCCAAAUGAAAGCCUUAAGCCGUCCUGUAAGGAUUAACAAAUGUAAAUGUCUUGAAACAGCCUGACCGACAGACAUUUGGGUGAAUCCACUUACUUUUUAGGCACAGGGGGUAUCAAAAUGUAAUUUAAAAAAAUUUACACUUGCAAAUAUUCAAUUAUAAGUAUGCAUAAGCUGGAAAGCUUGAUUAUUUAUGCAUUGUGUGCUAUAUUUGGUACAUCUAUAUAUUGAGAUUCGUUCUUACUAUAUACAAUAUAUAAUGCUAAUCUCUAGUUUAUCUUGUAAAUUGCAAGUAUAUGAUGUUUUCUUUCAUUACAAAUGUAUUUGAUGUAUCAGAAAAUCAUAUUCCAUCAUGUUACUAUGUGUAUGAGAUUGUUUUAUGAACCUAAUGUAUUUAAUUGAAAGGGUGAUUAAAAUAUAUGUUAAGAAAAUGGAAGAAUUUUGCAUGAUUUAAAUUUUAAUUAUUUGCUGUUAUUUCGUUACUCCUUUCAUUGCUUAGAAAUUCAAGUGCAUGACCUUAUUAAAAAAUGUUGUAUAUAAUUGUCAUUUUGUGUGUAUUUAAACAUGUUGACACAAUUGUACAAGCUGUGCAAAUAGUGUAUUAAAGGUAAAUGUUAAGUUACUGUUGUUGAAUAAUUAUUUAAAGAUUUUUGAUGAUCACUUAGUUGACAGACUUUUUUUAAAUAAAUUAUACUUAAGUAUAUUUUAUUCAGUUUGCUCAAUUAGUUUUCAACGUAAUUCACAACAUAAUUCACAUCUUACAAGUUUUUAUUGAAGAUUACAAUCCAUCUACAAUUGCACCAAUUUUGUUCCCUAUCUGGUACUUCUUGGCAGAAUUUCCAUGUUUGUUGCCCCAAAAGGUGUCCAUUAAUUCAAUAGUACCAUAUUUUUCACAAAAAACAAAUAUCCGGGAUUAUUAAUAACAGUUACAUCUUGUGAAUGUCACAAUGAGAGAGAAAAACAACUUACUUACCAAGAACACACAGUUGGAAACAUCCUUCAAGUUUUUUUUAAUGCAGGUGCUAUGACCAAACAUUCUUAUUCUUAAUUUAAUUUUAUUAAGAUGCCCACACAAUAUCCAUGUCUGUAAACAAUAACAAUAUUGCUGUUUUCAGAACAUAAAAUUUAGAAAAAAAAUAAAACAAAUUAAUACAAAAGUUGAUUUGGCUCAGUUUAGAGUCUCAUCAUUUUCAUGCUAGUAUUAAGUAUUAUAAACUUCAUUUGAGCCAUGUUCUGGAAAAACUGGGCUAAAUGCAUGUAUGUAAAGUGUUGUUCCUGUUUAGCCUAUGCAGUCAGGGACUGCACUUUCAGCUUUUGUAAUAAGCCCAGUUGUCCCAGAACCUUUUGUUCUGUAUCUCAAAAAAAUGUAUUGUGAUGGCUUAUAAAAACCUAAAUAAAUCAAAUGAUCUAUGUUACCUCUGUUAUGGGAGAAGAUAUUGGGCCCGUUGUCUUUUAUUUUUGUGCGUUUAAGCAAUGGUACAUAUCAAAAUGUACUCACUGAUUUCUAAUUUUAUUUUUUUUUUCAUUCCAGUGAUAUUCACUUUAACUGCACUGUGCUGUACUUAUUUUUAAAUUAAAAUAAAUUAUUAAAUCAUU